AUGACGUUAUUCUUCGAACAUUACGUGAAAGUGGGAGAGGAAUCAGUCUUUGGGCGUAUCAGCCAGUAUUAUGGUGCUGUGGAGACUAACGAGCGAGGAGCGCUCCAUGUUCAUGGGCUGCUCUGGCUGCAUGGAAAUGCCCAUCUGAGCUCGAUGCUUGCUGAUAUUCAAGGUGAGGAUCAAGUGGCAUACCGAGAACGCAUCGUCAAAUACGUUGACAGUGUCUUUUCCGAGGUAUCAAGGCAGGAUCUGGACCAAGAAGGAUUCUGUUCAAUUCAAGCAGAGCGAUCAUUAAUGUCAGACAUAUCGCAAUUGCUGCGAGAUGGCCAGCGAUUUUCAGCCUCGUUUGACGAGGAAGCAAAUUUCUGCGCUGGGGCGACGCAGAUUCAUACCCAUAGCCCCACCUGCGUCAAGUACUCGCUGGGCAAAAUAAGGCAGAACGGCAAUCUUUGUCGUUUCAAGGCGCCGUGGGGGCUGGUCGACAAAACGGCAUUCACGGGAGACGGCGUGCUGAGGAUUCGAAGAUCACACACUAUGGUGAAUCGGUGGAAUAAAGCCAUUGCCGUGGGGCUUCGUCACAACCAUGACAUAUCCUUUAUUGCCACACAGCGUAAGACCAUGGCCCUCGUCUUUUAUGUCACCAAUUAUGCUACCAAGAUAGAGGACCCUGUAUGGAAGCGUGUCGCUGCGGCGGCUGAUCUCUUGCCCCCGCGAGCAGGCGAUGGAAUGGCCGACGGCGUAGAGGCUCAUGAAGACGAUAUUGCUGGCGACGACGGCCGGCAGAAUAAGACGCGACAUUUCUUGAUGAAGGUGGCGAACCGCGUGUUUACCGAGAGGCGUUAUCGCAGGUCGAGGUUGUCUGCUUGGGCGUUUCUGAACGUAUCGGUGCUUUACUGGCAAGUCUUUAGACAAUGGCCGCACCUUCGGGAAGUAAGCGGUGCAGCCACAGCAGACGGUUCCGUGGACGAGUCCAUACUUGUCCAAGAAGCAGGCCAGAGAAUCUGCCGCAUCGAAGCAUAUUGUCACCGAGGAGAUGUCCUCGGAGGGUUGUGCCUCUACGACUACGUUUCGCUGGUCAGGCUGAAACGCAUCGACAGGGAUGAGAGGCAGGCCACCUGGGGUGAAGUACCGUUCCAGAGCGGGUGGGCUCCUGGAAGAGGUUGGGUGCAGGUGCUUAGACGACCGGGCAAGCAGGCCAUUGUCUGCCUCGAUGGGUAUUUGAGCAAGGAUUUUGACGACGACGACGAAGAUUCUUGCUAUCGAAGGUGCGUUUGCCGCCGACAGAGCAAGAGACUUGUGUUGAAAAGGCUAAUUCCCAAGCUGAAGGGCGGCGAGCAAAGUGGUGAUAUCAACUGCAUAUGGGCUCGGGCACGAGCGGCCCUGGCCCCGAGAAUAUCAUGUUUCGUCGAUAACGUGCAACUAUUGCGACGAUCCGCUGAGGAUGCAAAGCGGGAUGCCAAGCAGUGGGCAGCCUCAUCCAGUGACGGUGACUUCACCGCAGUACAUCCCGACGAGGAUGGCGCCGGGCAGGCUGGCGAAGACCAUGGAUCGGUAUACCGAGCGGGCAGAACCGAAAGUACAAUGCGUCUAAUCGACGUCGUCAGAAGUACGAUCGGGGUGAACCAAGUCACGGCUGGCUUCCCAGAGAUCGCAGCAAUGAUGCAGGAGCUCAGCCGCUUUCAGCAGUCGCCGCUGUCAUCGUCUUGUGGACUCCAGUCCGCGAUAAUACCCGAGCCAGGGCCAAGACGAAUAAAUAUAUCGGGGCGGGCAUUCUUCGGGACCGCCAUACCACUGCAGAGUCAGGUUCGGGCCAUAAAGUCGCAGCAAAUCUGUGCGUCUAGGGAAAAGGAGAAGAUGAUACAGGGUAUACAAAGCGCGGCGGUGCGGGGUGAGCUCAUGGGAGCCGGGAAAGAGGAUAUCCAAGUGACGGGAAUGGGCUUUGAGCAAACAGCAGCGGAGGCGAGUGUGGGAAUGCAGAUCCGAUUUGGCGCCUCAACCUCCUUCCUUGAGGCGGGUAAGAGCUUGGUCGCGCGGCUCACGCUGAACAAGAGGCAGGCGAUCGCUUUUCUCAUCAUAUGCCGCCAGCUGGAUAUAAUAAGGUGCAGCGAGAAGAAUAAGACAGGUCAGCUGUGCCAGUUCAUCGGCGGGGAGGGCGGGACCGGCAAGUCGCGAGUUAUCGAGGCGCUCGUCGAGUUGUUCAAGUCAAAGGAGCAACCAAACCGUCUACUGAUCACGGCGACAUCUGGGACUGCAGCGGCGCGGAUCAACGGCAUCACAAUCCACUCCGCCUGCGGGUUCUCAAAAGACGUCGCGGCAGCUGCCCACACGGCCAAGAAUGUCGACGGCGUACGAUUGCCCAAACAGGCGGAGCGAUUCGUCGACGGCCAGUCUCGGAUGGACUGGCAAGACAAGGACGUACUAGUCAUCGAUGAGGUGAGUAUGCUCGGGGCGCGGACGCUGCACGCGGUGAACGAGCAGCUCUGCAGACUGCGCGGGUCGCAGCAGGAUUUCGGAGGGAUCCCCAUCGUGCUCUUCUGCGGAGAUUUUCACCAAUUCCGGCCGGUCCAGGAGCGGUCCAUCCUCCUCCCAAGCACGGCCGUCUCGUGGGACGUAGACAACUCGUUCAAGGCCGAGCAACGGCACCAACAUGACAAGGCGCACGCGCUGUGGAAGAAAUUCACGACGGUUAUCAUGCUAGACGAGCAAGUGCGCGCCGCGGGAGACCCGGAAUUGCAGCGGUUGCUAAAGAGGAUCCGACUCGGUGUGCAGGAUCACACGGACUUGGACCUUCUUAACUCAAGGUGCUACCAGGAGGGGAGGCGGAUCCCGUGGGAGACGGGCAUUACCGUGGUAACGCCGCUCAACAGAAACCGUUGGAACCUCAACAUGGAGGCGAGUUUGGCGUUCCGGACCCAGCAGCGGUCGAUGAUGCGCAUCUUCAUAUCCGAGCACAAGUGGAGAGGCGGACCGCCGACGGAGGAAGAAGCCAUCAUGAUGCUGAACCAGGGUGAUGACAGUGCGAUACCGGUACCAGCCGUCUUCAUGUUCGUGCCAGAGAUGCCAGUGGUUGUGAAUUGCAAUACACUCCAGGGACUAAAGCUGGUGAAUGGGGCCAGUUACACGGCGGUGGAGGUGAUCCUGGACAAGUCGUAUCCAGGACACCGGAUCUCGGCCGGCUUGACGAUCCACUUCGGGCCGCCAGCGGGGAUCUUGCUGGAGUCAGAGACGACAAAAGAGUUCCACUUCAUCGGGAUGCCGCCAGCUAAGCGGCCGUGGCAACAGAAUGACGUGAGCCGGAAAGGGCUGCCAUGCGCAGCGGGUUUUGCAUGUACAGACUACAAAGUGCAGGGCAGGACGCUAGAGAGGGUGGCCCUGGAGCUGCGGGGGACACGGACGUCGAAGGUUGAUGGGCAUGUGGUGUCCUCGCAUUGCGACCCGUACAGCCUGUACGUGCAGUUGUCGCGGUGUCGGACCUUGGAUGGCAUCAUGCUAUUGUGCAAAGUGCGGGAGAGAGACUUGGUAGGCAACAUAAUGCCUGAAGAGAUGACUGCUGCACAGGCGAGGCUAUGGACGCUGAGCGAGAAGACUGUUGCAGAGGCAUUGGAGGGGCAGGCGGAGGGGCCAAUGAGAGGGCGAGAAACUCUAACGAAUGGGAGGCGAGGAAUUUGUGGUGAGAAUUUUUUGCGCGUCCAGAAGAGCCUUUCGUUCCUCAAGGCACAGCCUUCGGCUGAACUAGUCUUUUCUCUCACGCCCGUUUCAAAAGCUAUAAGGGCAGUUUCCGUUCUGUUUCCCUCCUCUAUCACCAGAAGAAGCCAAGGUAGCACUGAACUAGGAUCCAAGCUGCAAGUCGAUGAGCAGCGAUGCUCACGCCCCCAAGAUCAUCAAGAAAGAGACACACGUAACCGAAACCUUUCAUUCACCAUGUCAACAACCUAA